GUGAGUUGCAUAGAUGUCUGAGAAAGAGCCUCUUUUGACUAAUGGUUCAGAUAACCUGUUUGCAAGCCACAAGACCUCUAAAUCAGAUGUGGACCCUACAAUUGUGGAGAACUUCAGGAGGAAGCUUAAAUAUUUCUUCAUGAGUCCAUGUCAGAAGUACAGAGCGAGGGGUCGUAAGCCAUGGAAACUGAUGCUGCAAAUUCUCAAGAUUGCUAUCAUUACCAUUCAGUUAGUCUCCUUUGGAUUGAGCAAUGAGAUGAUGGUCACCUUCAGAGAGGAGAAUCUCAUCGCCUUCAAGCAUUUCUUCCUGAAAAAUUACCAGGACAGUGAUACAGAUUAUGGCGUAUACACCAAACAUGAUGUCCAUGACCACAUCCAGCAUAUAAUCAAAAGGUAUGUACACCUGCAGAAUUUUACUGUUGGUAAUCAUGCAUUUGAGAAGAUUGAUGGCAUGGUCACCCCUCUGUCUCUCUGUCAAGACUUCUAUCGACACGCUAACAUUUCACCUACCAAUGAGACCUUUGAUAUUGACCCUCAUGUAGAGACAGAAUGCAUUUCCAUUUACCCCAUAUCACCCUACAAGAAUGAUGGUUUGGCAAAUGACACAAACUUCACUUUAGACUUUCAAAAACUGUUAGCAGUGAACAUCUAUCUCAAAGUAAAAGCGAUCAACCUUCAAACAGUACAACAUCAAGAGUUGCCUGACUGCUAUGACUUUAACAUUAAUAUCAAGUUUGACAACCAGGCACACAGUGGGCAAAUCAAAAUAUCUCUAAACAGUGAUGUACAGAUAAAGGUUUGUAAGGACUGGAACGUUUCUGGCUCAACAGACAUUCACUUCUUGCUCAUAGUUCUGUUUGACUGUGUGGUCAUCUGCGCCUGUCUGCUUUCACUCAUCCUCUGCACACGCUCAGUCUACACCGGCAUUCUUCUACAGUUUGAGUAUACCACAUUUGUGUCUAUUCAGCAUGGUAAAACAGUGUCGUGGUCAGAGAGAAUGGAGUUCAUCAGUGGCUGGUAUAUUCUCAUCAUCAUCAGCGACACACUGACUAUUACUGGUUCAGUUCUCAAAAUAUGCAUACAGAGCAAGGAACUGACUAACUAUGAUGUGUGCAGUAUUCUGCUGGGCUCUGCAACAAUGCUGGUGUGGAUCGGAGUCAUGCGUUACCUAAGCUUCUUUCAGAAGUAUUAUAUCCUCAUUCUCACUCUGCGGGCUGCUGUACCCAACGUUAUUCGAUUCUCCCUCUGUGCUGUUAUGAUCUAUCUCAGUUACUGCUUCUGCGGAUGGAUUGUGUUGGGGCCACACCAUGAAAACUUUCGGACAUUUAAUAUGGCGGCCGACUGCCUGUUCUCCAUGAUCAAUGGAGAUGAAAUCUACUCCACCUUCACUAAACUCCGUGACAGGAAUUAUCUGGUGUGGGUGUUCAGCAGGAUAUACGUCUACAGCUUCAUUCCUCUCUUCACCUACAUGGUGCUGAGUCUCUUCAUCGCCCUCAUCACAGAGACAUAUGAGACCAUAAAGCAUUAUCAGAAGGAUGGUGCUCCAUUUUCAGAACUGCAGGCUUUCAUUGCUGAAUGCAGGGAUCCACCUGACUCAGGGAAAUACAUGAUGGAUGAAGAGGCCUCCACCUCUGGCUGCCUUUGUGCUCCUUGUGUAUAUUGUGCCUGAAGCUGAUGAGAAACCUGUAGGAGCAACACAUUUAUAUACUGCUGCAAGAACGCACAAAAUACUUGUUUGAACAGGAACACUUUUUUCCUUCCAAAGUAUUUAAAGCACAGAAAAAACCUCUCCUAGUACUCGCCAUUUAACAUGAUUUGUGCACUUUAAUGUAAGCUGCUUUGAUUAGAAAACAUCUGUUGAGAACAUUAGUGUAUAUGAAGGGCAGCUUCAUAUUUCAAGUUUGAAAUGAAUGUGGGCUGCAUGGAGCUCUAGUUGUGUUAGUUUGUAAUUACUGAUACAUCUGUUGAACAAGCCUAUGCAACUUCUUUUUUUUUUUUAUUUACAUGUUUAUUUAUUUAAUUUCAGUUAGUGACAUGUUUUUCUUGUAAUUGAAAAAAGAUAAAAACUCAGAAAUAUUUUUGACUAUUUUUAAGAUUUACACAUUUCAAUUUCAUAACAAAAUUACAUCAAAUUGAAUUCUGAAAUGUUUUACGAAAUAAAAAAAAUAAAAAAAAUAAAAUAUAUAUAUAUUUGAUGGAAUUUUGUCAUGAAAUUCAAAUGUGUAUAUCUUUAAAUUAUAUUUUUGGAGUGCACAGUCACAAGUGCAAAAAAAUAAAAAUUAAUUAAUUUUUUUGCACAUACAGCAGGAAUAUCACUUGAUCAACCAUUUUAUUUUCUGUUAAGCUGUAAUCAUAUUGUAGUUUAUAAUGUCUUGUACACCAUAACUUUUCCAGUAGGCAUUGUACACAGAAGAGACAAUUAUAACAAUAAAUCACCCAAUCCAAAACCCAAAAAUAAGGAAUAGCUAAAUGUUGUAAUAUUAUUAUUAUUUUUUUUUCCUGUGGCUAGACCAGUUCAAAUAUAUUUUUUAAAUAUCUAAUUAAUUAAUUAGUUAAAUGUAUGCAUCUAUGUCAAAAUGGCCCAAUUUACCUGAAUUCACCCUAAAUAAAUAAAUACAUUUGAUGGCAGUUUUUAAAUAUAUGCUUAUUAAAAAAAAUAAAAAAUAAAAAAUAAAAAAUAAAAAUAAAAUUCUAGCAGAUAGUGUAGAAAUGUUCUGUUUAUUUAAUCACUCAUCAUUUCACAAUAAGCAUUUUAUAAGAACAUAUUGUUCUUCUCUUAGUACAGCGCGGUACAAUUUGGAGCUACCAUGCAAGUAAAGGCCCACUUUGGAAAUACUUCAAUACAAAUCUAUUCGCUUCUUUCCCAAUUAUAGAAAAAAAGAGAUUUUCGGCAUUUUCGUUUCGUAACCUAACAGUGUUACUGGCCUCAGUGCAUCUAUUCAUGUAGGGACUUUAGCCCCAA